AUGGCUGUGAGUGAGGCCCUAGUGUGUGUGAAGAACACUAGUCUACAACUCUGGUUGGGGAUAAUUUUGUUACCAUAUGGAUUGUUCUUGGUUGUGCACUCCCAAUACCAUGGUCCCCCAGAAGUGGUGAUUCCCUUGAGGGUAACAGGCACUGGCAUUGGCAUGAAGACUCAAGAUAGGAUGUCUUACAGAAUGCAUUUUGGGGGUCAGAAUCAGGUCAUACACAUGAAGGUCAACAAGCAUUUUCUAUCCAGACACUUCCGAGUGUUUACCUACUCAGACCAAGGUGCUCUUCUUGAGGACCAGCCUUUUAUCCAGAAUGACUGCUACUAUCAUGGUUAUGUGGAGGGGGACCCAGAAUCCCUGGUUGCCCUCAGUACCUGUUUGGGAGGGUUGCAAGGAAUAUUACAGACAAAUGACACUGUUUAUGAAAUUGAGCCCAAGACACUUUCUACAACAUUUGAACAUUUCAUAUAUAAAGUGGAUAGCGAGGUGACACAGUUGCCAGCCAUGAGAUGUGGAGUAACAGAUGAAGAAAUAGCACGACAAUUGAAGUUUCAACAGAAUGUUAAUUUCACUUUGAUGCAGAGUGGGUAUGAAGGCUGGUGGACCCACAGGCAGAUUCUUGAACUGAUAGUGGUGGUGGAACACAAUCUCUAUCUUCAUCACCAAAGUAACAUUUCAGCUGUGCAGUAUGAAGCAUUUCUUACUGUCAAUGGCGCAGCUAACUUUUUGAAUUCACUGGAUGUUGAUGUGGUUUUCAUGGGAAUUGAGGUCUGGACUGGAAGAAACCCGACAUCAUUAGAUAACAUAUCUCAUGGUCUAAAAGGAUUUUGCAAUUGGAAGCAAACUAGCUUAAAUAAGCGCAUUUCUCAUGAUAUUGCACAUCUUUUUGUUAUGCGUAAUUAUGGCAUUGUUGCUGGCCUGGCCUAUGUGGGAACAGUAUGUGACAUUGCAUUUAAUUGUGGAGUGGAAACUUCAAUGGGUGAAACUUUACAUACUUUUGCAUAUAUUGUGGCACAUGAGAUUGGUCAUAAUUUUGGUAUGAAACAUGAUGUACCAACUUGUAUAUGUGGACUUCGAAACUGCAUAAUGUUUCCAGUAAAAUCAAGUGCAACUAAAUUCAGCAACUGCAGUUAUGCUAGCUUCAUGAACACCAUUGCAAGGCGAAAUUGUAUGUACGUGUCAUCAGAUAGAGGGAACAUCUUCACACUUGCACAGUGUGGGAACAGUGUGGUUGAAGAAGGAGAAGAAUGUGACUGUGGCACUUUACAAUUGUGUAUGAAAGAUCCGUGCUGUGAGUCCAACUGCACUCUCAGGCCUGGGGCUGCUUGUGCUUUUGGGCUUUGUUGCAAAGACUGCCAGAUCCUGCCAACAGGCGAAGUUUGUAGACAAGAGGAAAAUGACUGUGAUCUCCCAGAGUGGUGCAAUGGGACCUCCCACCAUUGUCCAGAGGAUGUGUACUUGCAGAACGGGGUGUCAUGCAAGGGCAGUGGCUACUGCUAUGAAAAGCGAUGCAAUAACCGUGAAGAGCAGUGCAGGAACAUUUUUGGCAAAGCGGCCAAGAGUGCAGAUCAGAGUUGCUACACAGAAAUGAAUACCCUAGGUGACCGUUUUGGGAACUGUGGUUUAAUGAAAGCUAAAUACGUAAAAUGUAGCAUCUCAGAUACCUUGUGCGGGAGGAUUCAGUGUGAAAAUGUGAAAGAACUUCCCCAUCUGAUAAAUCAUUCUACUGUGCAUUGGGCUCGCAUCAAUGAUUUCAUCUGCUGGGGCACUGACUACCACUUUGGGAUGACCAUACCUGACAUUGGUGAUGUGAAAGAUGGGACAGAAUGUGGGGUAGAACAUAUCUGCAUCCAACGGAAGUGUGUUCCUAUGUCACAUCUGGUAACUGAUUGUUCACCUGAGACCUGCAAUCUGAAAGGAGUCUGCAACAACAGACAGCACUGCCAUUGCAACCCCCAGUGGGACCCUCCCAACUGCCUGAAAGAAGGCAGUGGUGGUAGUAUUGACAGUGGGCCACCCCCUCAGAGGAAAAUGGGGCAAGGAACCAAUUACCUGCUUCUACUUUUGUUGAUUCCUUUUAUUAUGUUAUUAUGCAUCUUAUUUUUUUGUUUUCUGAGACGCAAAAGAACAGAUGAGAGAAGAGAGUCAAAUGUGUCACCUUUAGAAGUGUCAUCUUCAAAACUGUCAUCUUCAAAGGAGUAA